AUGUGGAAAAGCGUAAUUUCCAGCGGCCAACAGGCAGCUCGAGCAGCUCAACAUAUCUGCCCCAUGCCGAGCCUCUGGGCACCCUCCGUCUCUACAGCACCCAUUCGCACUUUCAGCGCCAUCCCCAAGCUCCAAAAAGAAGACCAAGCCAAUCCCUGGAAUCGGGAAUCACUGAAUCCUCAACGCUCAGAAGUCAACAAGUCCGGUACGGACGACGAGAUUGCGCACCACGACACUGCAUUCGAUCCAGACAACACGGCGCCGGAGCAUGAGCUCGAGGCGACGGAGCAGGAGGCGAAGUCGAAGGGAGAGAAGGGAACACUAAAUAUGAGUCCUGCUAAUAAAGAUGUUCAUGCUUGGAAGGGCCCUAACGAGGGAGGUCCGGAGAGGAAUGAGAACCGAGGAGUGUCUAGCUCGAGAGGGUCGCCAAAUAAGAGGAGGACUAUUCACGUCAAGGAGGAUGGGACUCAUGUUUCGUACCGGUGA